AUGCGCCCAUUGUUGUCUCCCCUCCAUCAUCUCCUCAACCUCGCAAAGUCUGCUACGAAAGCUGCACCGAAAAGAUGCCUUGUCGAACUCGCGGAGCAGGCCGAGGACAGGAUGAAGGACGAGUCUUGGAAGGAUGAUCCUUGGCUUUCUCAACUCGAUUGGACAUCCAUCACAGGGAAAUCUAGCGGUAUUGUGCACACUCAACAGGGGUGUCUCGAUGUCGAUCUCGAGUCCACGGCAGCGUGCUCAUCGACUGUUCCCGAUUCUUUCCUCCGACGUAAGAAGCCCACUCCUAAGGAGCCCAAAUCAAAGGCAUUUUAG